CUCCAUCCCUCCACCUCUACCCAUCAAACAUCAAGCUUUCACCAACAGAAGAAACCAUCGAUCUCGUUCGCUAGCUGUCGAUCUGCUUCAAAUGUCAAGAACUGAAUUGUAGCAAGAAAGAAGUUUGAACAAAGAUUCGAGUCGUGGGAGGAGAAGAAGAUUGUAAAAAUGGUCGGGAGUGGUGGUGAUCUGGAGCUGCGUCUCAGCCUCGGCAGCAGCAGCCAAGAUUGUUCUGCUGCUGAAUCCAGCAGGAUUGAUGGAUGGUCGGCGAACUUAGAACAAAAACAGCAGCAGCAGAAGAUUACCAUCUUUUACAAUGGUCAGAUUUGUGUCUGCGACGGCACAGAGUUUCAGGCAAGAGCCAUUAUAUCCAUGGCCAAGAAAGAGAUGGAUGAUAGGAUGAACAAGAACUAUCACAUCCAACAGCAGCACCAAUUUGAGCAAAAGCACAAUAAGUUGAAUCCACCUCAACCUCCAGCAUCUUCUUCUAAGGCUAUGCCGCAGCUUCUUAAUCAAGGGCUGUCGAUGAAACGAUCUUUACAACGGUUUCUUCAGAAGAGGAAGGCAAGAAUGAAUGCUGCCUCCCCUUAUAACAAUAGACAUGAGUUAUUAUUUUCUUCGACAUUGUAGAUUGUAUACCUUAAGUCUUUUUUUAACCCUUUUAUAUCUCUCCUCUUAGGGAAAGUAAAAAGUGAUUGAUUUUGGUUUGCUGUAUCUAAAUAUUCUUGGGUGAGAAAUAAUAUGUUUCUUUAUUGUAACA